GUGAAGGACACGGCUUCUUCGCUUGUUAAUCGCACGACAAUUUGGAAUCAAAAACUUCCUGCGCUACAGGGAUGGCUAAUACGAAACGGAUUCUUGUACCGAUCGACGAAAAGGAACAUUGUGUCAGAGCUUUUGACUGGUACGUAGACAAUUAUGGACAAGAAAAACAGGAAAUUAUCUUACUUCAUGUUUACAGCUCACUUGAUCAUGUCAAACAAUACUCCAAGGAUGAUUCACAAGAUGCCUCGGAACUUCAAGUUGAUGAAAUGAAGAACAUUUUGAGGGCAGCAAAUGCGCAAGCCUCAGGCAUGCUAGAGGGAUUUGAACAGAAAUGUAAACAUCUUCAGAUACCAUUCAAAACCAGAAUUGAACUCGGAUCACCGGGAGACGCCAUUUGUAAAGUGGCUAAAGACGAAAACGUCACCUGCAUUGUACUUGGAAAUCGGGGACUCGGUGCUUUCCGAAGGACCAUAUUAGGAAGUGUCAGUGAUCACGUGGUUCAUCAUUCACGGGUUCCGGUUUUACUUGUCCCCCCAAAAACACAUUUCUGAGGAUGAAACUUGUUCUCAGAUCCUUCUCGAACGAUUGAAAUCUAGCUUGAGAGGUCUGGUACCGAGAUUGUAAAAAACUUUGUUCGUUAAUUGAACUCAUUGUGCAGAUGUAGAAAGGCUAUUGAAAAGAUAUAUCUCUGAAAAAUAAUGGCUUAUUAGGAAAGGAAAAAAUAAACUUUAGGGGUGGAUAAUCACGAACCGGAGAGGAUUAAUAUUAAGAAACAUUCAAUUUUAAACAUGAAAAACUCAGGCUUAAAAAAUUCCGGAAAUGCCUACUCUAAGUUAGUUUGUCUAUCACCUCUCCGAAAGAGUGCGAUCUUAAUUUUGUAACAACUUAUUGAGGAUAUUAAAUUAGUACUCUACGGCAACUGAAUGUUCGUUAAUCGUCAAAAAAAAACUGAAAGAGUUUUAACGAGGAUUUUUUUGCUGUCUUAUUAUCUAACAACGAAUCCGAAGAGAGAUUAUCGUUUUAAUCCUUUAUCUUCUAUGAGUGACCAAGAGAGAAUUUCUCCUUACGAUAUGAAUACAAUAUAAAGCAUAGAAGUGAUGAGAAUAAAGUAGAAUAUCAAUUAGGGAUUAUUAGUUGAUCCAAUACCAAAAUCUCCAAAUUAUAAGAAUUGUAUUUCAGACAGUAAGGAGAAUUACUAUUGAGAUCUUAGAAUUUUAAGGGUUAAUCUAUAGAGGUAAUUGUUGGUAAUUUGUGGGUAACUAAGUUUCUUUACGUCCCAUGUAAUCCAAAAAUGGGUUAAAAAAACUUGUCUCGUUCACUCGCUGCCCUUCAUGUUUUGCUACAUAUCCUUUAUCGAUUCAGGAUUCUCAGACUCCUCAUUAGCGUAGUUCCUCUAAGACAAUACAGCCUAUUUCAAAGUUAAACUCUGAAAAUGUUUAAUACUUUU